UUCAACAUAACUGCAUUUGAGUUGAGCAGGCCCUUUUUUCCCCAUCUAGACUUGAACUGCACAACAUAAAGGCACCAAAAAUUAUUUGCUCUCUGGUUCCACAUCAAGCACUUCAGAUUUCUUCUGGAGGCCUGGAACUCUUUGGAAGCCAAGGGCUCCACAAUGAAGAGCUUUCUGGCUUUCCUUGUUGCAAUGGGCAUCAUCGUGGCCCUGGGUGAUGCAUACUGCCUUAAUAAACGUCAAAGGCCUGGAGAGGUCUACAGAGGCUGUAGGAUGAAUGGAAAACUGUACCCUCUGGGACACAUUGAGAGGACAGAAGAUUGCCACAGAUGCAGCUGCAGUCGAACUCAAAUGACCUGCUGCUCAAUAUUUUUUAUUCCUGUUGCUUACGACAAAGAGAACUGUAAAGUUGUUUUAAACAGAAAAAGCUGUAACUAUGAUGUGGUGUACAAGAACGACCCCUCAAAGCAGUGUCCUGUAGUUACACGUGUGGGCUAACACCUGCUCCAAAUCUCUUCACUGUGGAAUUCCUCCCCUUCCUACACCUGCUUUGCCAUCACAGAGAAGUACAAUGACAUGGGAAAUCUCAUAGGAAACAGGACUUCAGUAGCUCACUUCUAAUUUCCUACUUGCUCUAAUUCAGCAUACAAGAUGCCUAAUCACAUACAAUGUCUUCUUUAUGUAAGAUUUGCUUGGGUGUUGCUAAGUUCUUUUGACUACAAUAAAUCCAGAUGAAACAUC